AGACGCAGGCGGGCGGGCGGGGCGCGGAAGCGGCCCCCGGGGGCGGUGCCCACGCGGAGCCGGACGCCGCUGAGCCCCAGGACGAGCGGAGACGCAGGGAGCCUGUGCGCUUGUGGCUCGGGGCAGGGGCCUUGGCUCAAGAUGCCGGUUCGCAGGGGCCACGUCGCUCCCCAAAACACUUACCUGGACACCAUCAUUCGCAAAUUCGAGGGCCAGAGUCGUAAGUUCCUGAUUGCCAAUGCUCAGAUGGAGAACUGCGCCAUCAUUUACUGCAACGACGGCUUCUGUGAACUUUUCGGCUACUCCCGAGUGGAGGUGAUGCAGCAACCAUGCACCUGUGACUUCCUCACGGGCCCCAACACCCCCAGCAGUGCUGUGUCCCGUCUGGCGCAGGCCCUGCUGGGGGCUGAAGAGUGCAAGGUGGACAUCCUCUACUACCGCAAGGAUGCCUCCAGCUUCCGUUGCCUGGUGGAUGUGGUACCGGUGAAGAAUGAGGACGGGGCUGUGAUCAUGUUCAUCCUCAACUUUGAGGACCUGGCCCAGCUUCUGGCCAAGAGCAGCAGCCGCAGCUUGUCUCAGCGCCUGCUGUCCCAGAGCUUCCUGGGCUCCGAAGGCUCUCACGGCAGGCCAGGUGGGCUGGGGUCUGGCCCAGGCAGGGGCAAGUACAGGACCGUCAGCCAGAUCCCACAGUUCACGCUCAACUUCGUGGAGUUCAACCUGGAGAAGCACCGCUCGGGCUCCACCACAGAGAUCGAGAUCAUUGCGCCACACAAGGUGGUGGAGAGGACACAGAACGUCACUGAGAAGGUCACUCAGGUCCUGUCCCUGGGUGCAGAUGUGCUACCCGAGUACAAGCUGCAGGCACCGCGCAUCCACCGCUGGACCAUCCUGCACUACAGCCCCUUCAAGGCCGUGUGGGACUGGCUCAUCCUGCUGCUCGUCAUCUACACGGCCGUCUUCACGCCCUACUCGGCUGCCUUCCUGCUCAGUGAUCAGGACGAAUCACAGCGUGGGGCCUGCGGCUACACCUGCAGUCCACUCACCAUGGUGGACCUCAUCGUGGACAUCAUGUUCGUCGUGGACAUUGUCAUCAACUUCCGCACCACCUAUGUUAACACCAACGAUGAGGUGGUCAGCCACCCCCGCCGCAUUGCUGUCCACUACUUCAAGGGCUGGUUCCUCAUUGACAUGGUGGCUGCUAUCCCCUUCGACCUGCUCAUCUUCCGCACUGGCUCCGAUGAGACCACGACCCUGAUCGGGCUGUUGAAGACAGCACGGCUGCUGAGGCUGGUGCGUGUGGCCCGAAAACUGGACCGCUACUCCGAGUACGGGGCAGCUGUGCUCUUCCUGCUCAUGUGCACCUUUGCCCUCAUUGCGCACUGGCUGGCCUGCAUCUGGUAUGCCAUCGGCAAUGUGGAACGGCCCUACUUGGAACCCAAGAUCGGCUGGUUGGACAGCCUGGGUGUGCAGCUUGGCAAGCGCUACAAUGGCAGCGACCCAGCCUCAGGCCCCUCGGUGCAGGACAAGUAUGUCACGGCCCUCUACUUCACCUUCAGCAGUCUCACCAGCGUGGGCUUCGGCAAUGUCUCACCCAACACCAACUCUGAGAAGGUCUUCUCCAUCUGCGUCAUGCUCAUCGGCUCGCUCAUGUAUGCCAGCAUCUUCGGCAACGUGUCUGCCAUCAUCCAGCGCCUGUACUCGGGCACCGCGCGCUACCACACACAGAUGCUGCGCGUCAAGGAGUUCAUACGCUUCCACCAGAUCCCCAAUCCUCUGCGCCAGCGCCUGGAGGAGUACUUCCAGCACGCCUGGUCCUACACCAAUGGCAUCGACAUGAACGCGGUGCUGAAGGGCUUCCCCGAGUGUCUGCAGGCUGACAUCUGCCUGCACCUGCACCGCGCGCUACUGCAGCACUGCCCGGCCUUCCACGGUGCCAGCAAAGGGUGCCUCCGCGCACUGGCCGUCAAGUUCAAGACCACACACGCGCCGCCAGGGGACACGCUGGUCCACCUUGGCGAUGUGCUCUCCACGCUCUACUUCAUCUCCCGCGGCUCCAUUGAGAUCCUACGCGAUGACAUGGUCGUAGCCAUUCUAGGGAAGAAUGACAUCUUUGGGGAGCCCGUCAGCCUCCAUGCCCGGCCCGGCAAGUCUAGUGCAGAUGUGCGGGCCCUGACCUAUUGCGACCUGCACAAGAUCCAGCGGGCAGACCUGCUGGAGGUGCUGGACAUGUACCCUGCCUUUGCGGACAGCUUCUGGAGUAAGCUGGAAGUCACUUUCAACCUGCGGGACGCAGACGGGGGUCUCCAGUCAUCACCCCGACAGGCUCCAGGCAGCCAAGACCCACAAAGCUUCUUCCUCAGCAACAAUCAAUCUGGAUCCCCCCCCAAGCUGGGGCCCCAGCUCCCUUCCCAGGGAUGUAGCCUCCUGGGUCCUAGAAGCCAGACCUCCAUGGUGGCAGGCCCUCAUGCUCCAGGCUACCCAGAUGCAGCCCCUUCCCUGAGCAUCUCAGAUACAUCUGGUCUCUGGCCUGAGUUGCUGCAGCAAAUGCCCGCCAUGCGCAGCCCUCCAAACUCUCAGGGAAACCCAGAUUGCUGGUCUAGGGAGCUAGGCUCCAGGCUAGAGCAGCUCCAGGCCCAAAUGAACAGGCUGGAGUCCCGUGUGUCCUCAGACCUCAGCCGCAUCCUUCAGCUCCUUCAGCAGCCUAUACCCCAGGGCAAUACCAGCUACAUUCCUGCAGUCCCUGCUGUCACUGAUCUGGCCUUGUUUCCUAUGGCCUCAGUGACUCAGGGUCCAGGGCCCACGUUGCCCCGGAGCCAUCUGCCCCCUGCACAGAACCCAUCCUUGGACUUGGACAAGUAUAGGACAAAGCAGAGGAACUCUUCCAAAAUGCCUCGCCUGGUCAUGGCAACAGAUAAAACUCUGACAGCAUCCUUGGAACAGGAGCAGCCUGAGGGACUCUUGUCACCCCUGGCCUCACCUCUGCAUCCCUUGGAGGUACAGGGACUCAUCUGCAGUCCCCGCUUCCCCUCCCUCCCUGAACACCUGGGCUCUAUUCCCAAGCAGCUGGAGUUCCAGAGACAUGGCUCAGAUCCCGGAUUUGUAGGGAGUUAA